CGGCUGUGCUGCUUCCUCGGGAUCCCUCGGGCUGGGCGGCAAAGGGGGGAACCCGCCCUUCCUUCCCUGGGGAGGCCUGGUGGGAAAGGGCUGCCUCCUUGUGCUUGCUUCUCGGGCCUGCCCGAGCCCUGCGCAUUUAUGUUUUAUCUCUUUGUCUUCCUUAUCUAAAGAAUAAGGAAUAGGAGAGUCCGUGAGGAUCCCGUGGGUCCCAAGAGCUGGGAAGGUGAUUUGCCGGAAGUUAAUGUGCAACCUUAAACGGAGUUAAAUUGAAGAACAUUCUCAAUCUUGGGAAAAACAAAACAAAACAGGAGCAGCAAAAGCCCAGGCCUAGGGGACAUUGAGUCUACUUUUUUAUCUUGUGUGCAUGGGAACUCUGCCUUCGUGUAUGUGAGCACCACGUGCUGGGAAUUAAAGCCCCCUCCAUCCCUCUAGCCCCAUGGGUCCAAGUUUCAUUUUCAGAAAAGGAAGUAGGCCAACUCGAGGUUAGGUGAUUCGGCCAAAGUUAAGUAGCUCCGGAGUGAAUGGGUUCUUGUCUUGCCUGCUAGCCUACUUUUUCCCGUGGAAAUACCAAGGAAAUGUUGCUUUCCUAGCCCUAGUUUCUAAUCCUCAACAGUGCCUCUUUGGGAAAGUACAGACCCCGAUUCUCUUCCCGCUGUCGGUGCUCAAAAUCACUUCCCAUUUCCCAUUUUGUCUUUUCAAAACUAAGAAAGGGGUGCGAAGGGUUAAACAAUGUGGCUGUUACUGAUAUACACACAUCAGUCAGAGCUCAGAAUCUAACUACAAACAUUACCGUGUUGUAUGCACUGUGUGGGUGUGUUACCGAUGAGGGGCCAUUGGCCACAUUGCAUUGUGUGUGGUGGGGGCAGGGAGGUGAGUUUCCCUUCUUCACCGUGUAUCAAGAGCUGGGUUAGGUACGCCCGAAAAAGUCUUUGCCCGCGGAGAGCUAGUUUGUCAUUCAUUCAUUCAUGCAAUAAACGAGGGCAUUCUGGAGCGGCUGGUUCUAACUCAGCAGGAGGAACUUGUUAAUUACCAGAGCUGUUUUAGUAGGAGACGCUGUCUUGGGAGCUGCUAACUCACCGUCACCCAAAGUGACUUUCAUUUGCAUAAGUCGCUUUCUAAAUUUUGCUUUGAACUACUUCCAUAUUAGGUAACACGCAGAAGGCAAAUUUAGUCGACAUAUAGACAUGUAUGGUUUAGCUGUUGAAAUAAAAUACACCUCUAAGAAAUCUUGUUGAGAAAAUACACUAAGUGUUCAAUCGAGGAAGGCAAAUUCUGAACAAGGCUCAUUUCGCUUGGAGGGUUUGUUUGUUUGUUUGUUUGUUUUGGAGUAGACAGGAUUUUUAAGGAGCUUUGAAGGAGAAGCUGACCCUUGUUUAUUAUUCUAAAGAUUUAUUAUUUGGAGGCUGGAGAGAUGGCUCAGCAGUUAAGAGCACUGGCCACUUUCCCAAUGAACCUUUGUUCAAUCCCAAGCACCCACAUGGCAGUUCACAACCAUCUGUAACUCCAGUUCCAGGAGGUCUGACACCCUCUUCUGGCCUCUGCGGCCACUAGGCACACCUUUGGUACGUAAUCAUUCAUACAGGCAAAAUACCCAUACACAUAAAAUAAAACAAGUCUUUUUAAAAGAUCAUUUUCCAUUUUGCAUAUGGUGUGAGUCUGUGCAGGUGUGAGCUUGUGAAGGCUGGUGCCAAAGAGACCAGAGGCAUCAGAUCCUCUUAGAGACAAGUCAUAAUUGGUUUGUAGCUACUGCUGUGACUUUGGUGACUCAAACUCAGGUCCUCUACAAGACUGCUUUCAACUGUUGAGCCACCUCUUCAGUCCUGAGUAAGCUAUCUUUAGAACAUUCAGAUUUACAUAAGUUAUAAAUAAUGCAGAGUAUGCCCGAUGUAGUGGUUUCAAUGAGAAUGGCGUGCUUGAAUGUCUGAGACCUCAAAGCCUGCCCCUAGUGAGCACUUCCUCCAACAAAGCCGCAGGGUACUGUAACAAGGCCACACCUUGCUGUGAGCCUAUAGGGACCCAUUUUAUUCAAACCACCACAGUUUGUUUUUCCACUCAAACUGUUCUGCUCACCUUUGCCCAUUUCAUUGGCCUCCUCUGCCGAAAUGCCCGUCAGUGAGGUUUGUUUUUAAACCUGUCCUUACUUCUGGGCAAUACAGAAUCCUGGCUCCUCUUUCAUAUUUCCUGCCUAUGUCCUGCAGUCAGCUAUUUCUCCAAAGAACCUAGUUUCUUUUAAUGGAGAAUUCUAUAACAACUAGUUUGGUUGCUAGAUAUGUAUGUUUCAAAGAAGAUGGAAAUUCAGAAUUUCUUAUAAAAAGUUAAGGACUCCUAUACACUGGUCCCCUCCCAUCACAAACUGGCCUUUGUCCCGUGACCCUAUGAGUAUGGACUUAAGAACUGUUGCCAGAAAAUACUAAUGCCAAAGAUGUUCUGGUGUUAAUACUGUGGGGAAAAAAAAAAGGGUAAAAACUCCUUUUUUCUGAGUUUUCAUCUUCUAUUUGUAUCCUGAUAUUGGCAGGCUAACUCUUUGGUUUACAAAUCGGAUAAAACGGUUGUUGACCCGAGUCAUCUUCUCUUUAUGUUAGUGCUCUGGAGCAAUUGCCUCUAAGUAUUUCAAGAACUCUUAAGAGCAGACAUGGUGAUUCACACCUGUGAUCUCUACUUGGAAGAUCAUCGGACUCUGGGCUCACCCAGCGGCAGGCCGAUGGAUGCGCGUGGGGGAAAGGAAAAGACGAAGUGGACAACCACCAUUAUUAUCAGCUCAUCUCUUAAGAGUUAUGAAAUUGCAACUGCCCUAGAAAAUCGAAGCCACAAGGUUCGGUACUCGGAUACACUGGAAAGAGGAUCGAUUGUAUUCUCUCUGUCUGGAGUUGCAUUUUUAUUGAUGGAUGCUAAGGAAUGUAUAUCAACUGAGGAAAUAUUUCUAACCAAAAUUGAGAAGUUUAUUAACAUUCACCAAAAUAGUUUUUUGGUUCUGUUUGCCCCACUGCAUGGGCCUGAAGAAUGGAAUCUCAUGUUCAGGAUUCAUCAGAGGUUCUUGGGCAGUAACUUACGGGUUCUUCCUGUGCACAACACAGUGAAUGCCGCUGACCUCAUGUGCACUGUAGCUAAGACAUCCACAUCUGAGUCAAUGAUUGAUCUUUCCUGUGAGAGAAGGAUUAAUGAGAAGGCAAACAAAGAGUACUUUUCCUCCAGCAUUGUGAAGAAUGGCACACAGCACCUGCCAGGACAGCGGUCACCUCCGUCAGUGAAUGGGUGGCCAGUGAGAAGGACAUAUGGGAAUGUCUGUGGUGAUGGUGAAUUGGAUAUACAGUUGGAUAAAACAGAUUACACAUCUAUUAAAACUCAAUAACUAUACAUUUAAAAUCUGUGCACUUCAUUUAUGUAAAUUUUACUUUCAAGA